AUGGCCUCCACAGAGCCAAGCACAAUAGAGAAGCCGAAGAUAGGCAGUCGAGACAAGAGCGUCGGCUGGUACAUUCCUACACUAGACAACUUAUCGCCGACUCAAUGGGAUCUAUUAGAGAACUACGGCAAGAUACCGCACGACCGUGUGAUACCGUCGAUUCUAGAACUGCGCGACCGAGCGUGGGAGGUAUAUCCCUUCCCAUGUGUCGGCCAAUUCCGAUUCAUCGAGCUCAGUCUCUGCGACAUGCCAUUGUACCCCACGAUCCUGCAGCGGAUUCAGAACGGGGGCGUGUUUGUGGACGUCGGAUGCUGCUUUGGGCAAGACAUCCGCAAGCUAGUACACGACGGCGCACCCGCGAAAAACACCUGGGGAGUUGAGCUGGUAGGGGAUUUCGUUGAUCUCGGAUACGAACUCUUUAAUGACGCAGCCACAUUGGAGUCGCAUAUGCUGAAAAUAGGAAUAUUUGAUGCCGAGGGAACAUUAGACCAAUUGACGGAUAAAGUUGAUGUUGCGUAUCUGGGGCUCUUCUUGCAUCUUUUCGACUGGGAUGAACAGAAAAGGGCGUGCCAGAAUAUCGUUCGGCUUAUGAAGAAUGAGCCCGGUGUUGUGAUUCUGGGCCAACAGAUUGGGAGUGUGACGGGACACCAGCUGCCCAAGGCAAUUGGGACUUCUCCAAUUUACAAGCAUGAUCCUCCAUCGUUUGAGAAGUUGUGGAAGGAGGUGGGAGAGGCUACAGGCACGGAAUGGAAGGUUACUGCAGACCUGGAUUUUGGGUUAGGAGCUGCUAAUUUCAAGGAUAAGUGGGGUGAUUCAACGACUCGUCGGCUGGUUUUUGAGGUUGAAAGGGUUCGUUGA